AUGAAGCCUUCCUCCACUGCACCGGUGGGGCAAUUUCCCGCUUUGAAAUCAGCGGCUCCAAGCGAUAGUGAUGAGGUGACACUUGUACACGAGAUACCAACUGAUCUACUGGAGAAAGUCAGCACGAUCUUCUCACUAGAUGUGUCUACAUUCCUACGGAUGAUAUGGUCAAUUAUCCUCCAACGAUACGUGGACUCGGAAAACGCCACCUUUGCAUUCUGGGGACCGCAACGUGACUGUCUUUCUGUUUCUUCGGCGUUGGUUCCAAGGCAAGAGACCGUGCAAGAGUUUUGGAAAAGAUUGCAGGAUCAGCCAACGGUCUCUUUGGGAGCAUUAGAGCAUAAUAUCUCGAUCGUGAAUUUGAAUACCGGUUUGUUCUUCCUGGAAUGCGCGGUUGAAGGAGGUAAUAGCUUGGUAAAGCAAGUUGAGGAACUUCAGCGAGGCAGCCAGCUGAAAUGCCAGGUCGUAUUAGCAUAUAUAGGAUCCAAACAGUCGCCUCAGCUAGUAUUUCUAUCUCAAAGCUCUCUUCUAUCGAAGGACCACGCUCGCGGUCUAGCAUCAACUGUUGCGCAAACCAUUUCAGCCGUGUUGGAAGAGCCAGACAAAAGGAUAGGAGAUCUCCACAUAUCCAGCCCUCGCGACAAAGACUACGUUGUUCAGUGGAACCACACCAGGGAUUGGAAAUUCACAAAUCCAUCCAUGCUAGAGAUUAUUCAUAAACAAGCCGCAAUGCAGCCUGACAAGAUCGCAAUUUGUGCGUGGGAUGGAGACAUAUCAUAUCAUGAUCUGCUAUCGCUCGCUUCCAGUAUGGCAAAAUAUCUGCGGGAUGUUGCGGGUGUGCAGCAAAAUGACUUAGUUCUUUUGAUGACGGAGAAGAGCAAAUGGACUAUUGUCGCUCAACUGGCCAUUUGGAAAGCAGGUGGUGCUUUCGCUCCUCUUGAGCCUUCACACCCACAAGAGCGUCUAAAGUCUAUCGUCCAAAUCACAAAAGCCAAUCUGAUUCUCUGUUCCGAGAGUCUAUAUGAGCGAGCCACGACUUUGACCGAAACAGCUUUUUCCAUCACGAGCACGAUGGGCCCCCCAGGCGACGAAGGCAUGCAAGAUUUACCCACCAAUCCUGAUUCCCCGGCAUAUAUCCUCUUCACUUCAGGGACAACUGGCUUGCCAAAGGGGGUUGUUAUGGAACAACGGGCCGUUGCACACAUGCCAUUACAGGCCGCAUUUUGGAAUAUAGAGCCCAACUCUCGCGUUCUUCAAUUCGCUGCCUACAGUUUCAACAUAUCAGUGGUUGAGACUUAUUAUGCUCUGAGUACUGGUGCUACCCUCUGUGUGAUGUCAGACUCAGCCAGGACAAACAAUCUUCCCGGAGAAAUGGAGAAAAUGGGCAUAACAUGGGUAGCGCUCACACCUUCUCUUCUCAGACGCCUUGAUGCAAACUCACCUCCUUCAACGUUACAAACUGUGGUCCUUGGGGGUGAAACAAUGAGUGAACAGGAUUUCCAGAUCUGGUCCGCUGCUCAAAUUCAAUUAAUCCAGGCAUAUGGGAUGAGCGAACAUGCUGGACUUCCUUGUCCAAGUCCCAUGAACGCCAAAUCCGACCCAAAGGCUUUCCCGGCUUCUCCCAUUGUACGCCAGUGGUUGGUGGAUCCGGAGAACUAUCAUCUGAUGGCGCCAAUUGGGGCAGUUGGGGAGUUGAUUCUGGAGGGUCCUAGUCUUGCUAAAGGAUAUUUGGAUAAUCCGAAUGCCACGGCCUCUGCUUUCAUCAAGCCCCCAAGCUGGCGUAUUCACCUGGGUUUGAAGGGAGACUCACCCACUCGCAUGUAUAGGACAGAUGACUUGUUCAGAUACACAGCGGGUGGAGCGAUCAAGUAUGUGGGACGAAAGGGAACCAUGGUGAAGAUACGUGGACAGAGAGUUGAUCUUGGGGAGAUAGAGGCAAAUGCACAUAAUGCAUGUCAAUCUAGCAUCCGAGUGGCCAACCUGCGUAUUAUUGCAGAGGCGGCCAUUCCCUGUGACGGGAAAGAUGUUCCGAUCGUGGCACUCUUCAUGUAUUCGCCCGAUUAUCCUGCGACCCAAAGUGAUGACGCUGCCAGUCGUUCGCCGCUUGGAGCUACUAGCGAGGAUUUCCUGUCCAAUGCCAGAACUAUCGGGGCGCACUUGGAAUUGGUGCUGCCCACCUACAUGCUUCCAAGCGUAUAUCUCCCAUUGGAGUUAGUGCCGGCGACGCUGACUGGGAAGUUAGCUAGGAGAACUUUGGUUGAAAGCAUCCAAAACUUGACCCGUGGGCAACUAGAGGCCUAUCAAUCCGAAGACCAGAUGAUGAUUGCGCCGAGCACAAAAGUGGAGUAUGAUCUUCAUACUUUGUUCAAGGAUGCUUUGGGAUUGACUGAUACGCCGGUCGGUAUUCAUCAUUCAUUCAUGCGACUAGGGGGAGACUCCUUGGCAGCAAUGAGGCUUGUCACUCUAUGUCGGCCUCUGAAUUAUAUCUUCACCGUUGCGGAUGUUUUGGAAAAGAAAACGAUAUAUAAUUUGACUGGGUUUCUGUUAGCACACGAAUCGGCCGAAUACUCACCGAGCGAUGAUGAGGCCGGGGAUCUAAAGUCCGAGUCUGUCUGGGAGCCGAUGAAUGAUCUUGCCGCAUUGCAACCGCUGCUGGCUCGUAUAAGUAUAACCGAUACGUCGGUUGUAGAAGAUGCAAGCCUCUGCUCACCUAUUCAAGAGGGAUUGAUGUUCAGCCAUGCUCGCGACCCUCGUCUGUACCAUACCAGAGCUAUUUGGGAGGUCGUGGCGACUCAUACUGGCCAGUCCGUCAAUAUCCAAACUCUUGAGAGGACGUGGCGGAGGCUGUGUGCUUCGCAGCCCAUUCUGCGAACUGUCUUUCUCGAGGUUUGUGCAAGGAAUAAUUUAGCUCUGCAGGUCGUCUUGAAGCAAGGUGUUCGUGGUGUCGGUGAUGCCUGUAAGACAACGUUGAUCUCAUCCUCUAUGCCCGAGGAUGAGCCUGAAAUUCCUCCUUGUCAAGGGAUGGACUGGGUUCCAAAAUUCCAGAUAUGUCAAUCCCCUGAUGACACGAUCUUCUGCGUGCUAGACAUCCACCACACGCUUAUGGAUGCUUCAUCCAUGCCUAUCAUCGCCAAAGAGUUCACGCGAAGAUACGCUUUAGAGGAAGAUCUUCAAGUAAAUGAAUUUUCAUCAGCCAAGUCUGAGGGUGCGAGAGGCUCCUAUUUUGACUAUGUUAGCUACCUUGCUCGUCUCCCGAGUGGACCAACGCUUUCAUACUGGAAAUCCUACCUUGAAGGGGUAAUACCCUGCUUGUUCCCUAGGCUGAGGCCGUGGCAGCCAGAGGACCCGAAGGGAGGGAGAAGAGCGCCAGUGCAACUUGACGCAGUUCAAGAUCAAUACCAAAAGUUCUGCCACAAUCAUGGCGUUACAGUCGCUACGAUAUUCAACCUUGCAUGGGCUCUUGUGCUCCGCAGUGUCACACAGUCUGAUAACGUGUGUUUCGCCUACCUGACCGUUGGUCGAGACGUGCCCCUAGACAACGUUGAAGACAAAAUCGGGCCAUAUCUCAACACCCUCCUCUGCCACAUGAAGUUCAACGAAAAUGAACCUCUACUCCAGGCAGGCCAGCGAAUGCAGUCGGACUUCAUUCGGGGACUUUCAUAUCAACAUUUAUCGCUUCCUGACUUGUAUCACGCGUUAGGCCUUGUAGGCGACUGCAGCUUUAACACCGCUGUAAACAUACUACCUAACUUUGUACAAGAAGAGGAUGAAUGCAGUCCUAUCACCUUGAAGUUACGGGAUCUCAAGGGGCCUGGUGAGUAUGAUAUAAUCAUACUAGCCUCCUCCUCGGGAGCCACUUUGAAAUGCGACAUUGGCUACUGGGCGAGAUUCAUGACAGAGAACCAGGCAGCGAGUUUGGCCGAUGCGCUUAGUAUCGCUGCAACCACUAUCGUGCAAUCUCCCCAGAGAGCUAUUCGCAACUUAAAGUGCUUCCACGGCAAUGAAGACCAACAAAUAUACAUUGUGCCAAAGGAUCCGAAUGUCAAAUUCCACGGCCACCGCGUGGACGUGAGUGAGGUCGAGAAUCAUAUUCUGACCGCGCUCCCAGCCGCCAAGAUGGUGGUGGUAGAAGCCAUUCCCGCUCAUGAUCAAUUUCCAGCUAUGCUAUUCGCCUUCAUCUCCUUCAGCGAAAAAAUUGGUAUGCAGUGUACUACCGGCACUGCACUUGAAGGCUUGAUAGUGCAGGACAAUCACAUCACGACCCAAAUCGCCUCCGCCACGUCGCAGCUGCGGCAUACGCUUCCCUUCUGGAAAGUUCCCAAAUUGCUUUUGCCGAUUAGUCAGAUACCGACGAUCAGUGGGUCUGGAGAAGCUUCCCGGACAGAGCUUCGGCGAAUGGUCGUCUCCAUGUCGCAAGAAAAAUUGCGGGAGAUUGAGGGAUUUUAUCGGCAAGAUCUCGUCACUCAAGCAGAGCAUCAACUCCGCGAGUUGUUCUCUCAGGUCCUAGAUAUACCUGUCGACAGAAUUUGGAGGGAUAGUCACUUUUUCGAGCUCGGUGGAACGUCCAGAGGGGCUAUGUACUUAGUUGCGGCGGCAAGGAAGGCAAAGAUGGGGAUUACGGUCGCAGAUAUAUUUGCAUCGCCUGUGUUGGACAACCUAGCAUUAGCUGCUGAGGCUCUCUGA